AUGAGUCAUGUGGAUGGUAUAGCCAUAGACAUAUCUAAAGAUAAAACGUUGACCACUAAUGAUUCAUAUGGACAACAUUACUACGUAGAAGAUGGAAAAAAAGUCCUAGUUGAUAAUAGUUACCCAAGUGAUAUAGGUCAUUUCUACAAGGUAAUUCACCGAUCCGAGAACAAUCUUAACAUUGGAAAAAUUAAACAGAAUGAUACUGAUCUUACCGGUUUUAAUACUGAUUUGGAUAGGUAUCAAAAUGUAGCUGUAUACUUUUUUCUUGAGGAGAGAUCUGAUGGUCUUGGAGCUCCAUUGAUAAUUCAAUUUGGAGAUAAAGAUAUAUAUUAUACGUAUAGAUCUAUAAAUGAUUGGGAAAGAAAUAAUUCAAUAAAUUCUACCACACUUGCAACUAACCUCCUUAAACAGAGAUGCAAGAGGAAUAAAACUCAUAGAAUAGAACUCUCUAGGGACUAUAAAUAUAAUUGUUCCAUUUGUGAAGCCCAAAUUGAAGUUGGAAAACAACGAGAAUACACGCAGUAUAGUUUUUACAAACAGUAUAUUGCGGAAGAGGGUCAUUUUUCUGCUUCUUCAUUUGUUAUUGGAAAUACUCCUCAGACAGGUAUUACCCUUCCAAAAGGAAUAGAAUACUUGUAUGUAUACUUUCACCCUGGCAAAAAUGGAUCUCCUCUUAUUAUUUACAUACCUCCGGAAGAUGAUGAACGUUCCACUAAAGGCACAUGGUGGAAGAAAUCUUAUAGGAAGGGCGCUAUUUGGGAAAAGGAAGGAAAGGAUAUUUCACCACCUAAUCCGUCUGAGGAUCCUACAAUUGUGGAAAUAAUUAAUGAAAUUCCGGAAAGUGCCCCUGUAAUAAAUCAACAAACUUCUUCCGGGACAAAAACGGCGGCUUCUGUUUUAACUCCACUAGCUGCUACCGGAGUGACUGAAACUGCAAAUUUCUUCCUUAAUCCUGACUGGAGUAUAAUUAGGAGAGUGAGUACUAUUUUUAGCACCGCUGUAUAG